CACACACACAGUGAGACAGAGCGAAGCAGAGUUCAGAUCAUUCGGUGAUUUUUUUUGAAUCUCUUCUUUCCCGCUCAGUUUCCCGAUUCACCUUGCUUUUGAGGUCCCGAUGGAAGUUGAUAAAGAUAACGAAAGCCAUUUACUUCUCGUUGAUGACUGUGAGUCAAUGAGUACUGUCACUUACGAUUUAUCUCAGAUGUCAAUCGCUUGUCGUCAGGCCGCUACCAAAAUCAGAUUCCAGGACUAUGCCUACAGUAGCUACAACUCUAAGACCCUCUGUAAGAAGAUCAACGAGAGAAUCUCCCGUAUGAAAUGGGAUAGGGAUAAAGCUUUCGAUGAAAUGAUGAAGGCUGUGACUGUUGGUCUUGUGAGAGGAAACAUAUCCGAGGACGAAAUCGAAAAGAUGGGCUGUGGUGGUGGUGGAGAGAUUGUCAGAUUAGCCACUGCUUUUGGCAUCCAAAUCCGAAAGAAUAGCAACGAAAAUACGGCGUGCGAUUCCGACGCUCUGACUUUCGUCAGAUUCCUUUCCUUGUAUCCUCAUUUCGCAAGUCUUUUGUGUCUGAUAAUGCCUAUCCGUUUGACUCAAAAGAUUUCUUGCGAAGGAACUUAUUCCGCGUGCAUUCUGCCUCUAGCAAUGAAGCAUGUUGGCUUUGCUUCUCUCAUUCCUAAGGGCCGUGAUUACAGAGCUAUACGAGGCUAUCUCUCGGUUGCUUUUACUGCUUUCAUGGUCGAGUUUCAUGACGCUACCAAUCCUCCUAACAAAUCGAACCUCAAUCUACAAGCGAAGUUUGCGGAGCAGCUUCGGUUGACUAAAAUUGGUAUCAAGAAAGGGAGAAUGAGCAACGACUAUGAUAGAAUUUUUAUUCUGAAAGUGAUUCUGAUGAACUGCAGAGGUGCACUGGAGAGUGUGUUGAGGGUGGUGGGGAAUGUACGUAGGGCCCACAGUAUGGCGGUGGAGGAAGAUCCUAGGUUGUAUAUUGACGAGAAUGUUUUGGAGGGCGAUGUAUGGAAAAUCGGACGCACUCGUGAAAUUGAAUGUGAAACGGGAGAAAGGGCUGCUAAGGCAAUUAAGAAGCUCAAGAAGAGAUAUCCUGAUUAUGGUAAAGUGGUGAUGGAUCACACUUGCUGCUGCUCUUCUUCAACAGCUGAAGCUGUUUUUUUUCCAGGUUUGACUGGCUUUUCAAUUUGAUUUUAAUAAUUCAAAUAAAUCAUUCAAUUUGAUGAAUUGACACAAUUUGAAUAUGUAAAGGGUUUUUUUGUAUAGUGAGCCCAAAUAUUUUCUUACAUGUCUAUCCUUCUUAUAGUGUCAAAUUUACCUAUUGAAAGAGGGGAGUUUUCGUAAGGCAAUACAUAGUUGAGGGGUUUUUUCG